GUUUGGCAAAUCCAAUUGGCACUAAGAUAUUUAUUUUUCCUGUCUGUAAGUCCAAGAAACACAACCACAUCACUCCAUCACCCAGAAUUUUUUUUUUUGAACAAAAUGGCAGUUCUAAACUACUGCUAUCUCUCAGUAACCUCAACAGCCACACCCAUAAAUCAAGAUUCUGCAAAUAACACAACCCCAUUAUCAAUUCCAACACAAAACAAGGUUGUUAAACCUGUAAAAUUGUCAAGUGGGGACCCACCAACUACCACAACUAAGCUAAGGAAGUACUGGGGUGAGGAUGUGGAUCCUCUUACAUCUGAUGAUUAUAUAUGGAACAAAGAAUUUAUGGGUCGUAUGAAAAAGUAUAUUCAAGACCCUCAAGAAAAUGCACCUUCUACUCCUGUAAAGGAAAAGCCAUCAGGAUUUCUUAGCUUAAACAGAGUCAUGAGUCUUGACAGUUUGGAAGUUGACUUGACGAAGGAGCUAACAACCCCUUCAGAAGCUGUUCGAGAACCAGAAGUCGAAAAUACUCGAGCUCGUUUUACUACAUCUCAAAAAUGGCGGCCAGCACCAACACGACGUGAGCAGGAGAAGUGGGGUAAAGCUGCCAAGGCUGCAACUGGGGGCAGUGACGUGAUGUUGAGGGAAUUAAAACGCCCUCAAGGGGAUCCAAGGGUUUUGGCUGCUCAGUCAAGGGAACAGUAUCUUAAGUUAAAGAAUAAAUUGCAGCUUCUCACAGUUGGAAUCGGUGGUAUUGGUGUGGUUUCAGCUUAUAUCUCUUAUUCUCCUGAAAUAGCAUUGAGUUACGGUGCAGGGUUUAUUGGUUCGUUGAUGUACAUGCGUAUGCUUGGAAACAGUGUGGAUUCUAUGCAGUCAGAUGGACCCAGAGCACUUAUCAAGGCAGCUGUUGGGCAGCCAAGGCUAUUGGUUCCUGUUGCUUUGGUCAUGAUUUUUAACCGGUGGAAUGGGAUCCUUGUCCCAGAAUAUGGAUUCAUGCACCUCGAGUUGAUACCAAUACUGGUGGGAUUUUUCACUUACAAGAUUGCAACUUUUGUCCAAGCAAUCGAGGAAGGUGUAUCAAUUAUUGGAAAUAAGACACAAGCUUAGCUCCAGUUUUUAUGAUUUCCCAUCCACAUCUGGUAAAAUAGCAGAGGCAAAAAAUUCUGGAAGAUCUUGGAUUCGAAAGAUCAGCUACAACGUCUAUACUGGUUUAUUUCUCAAUACGGUGAUUGAGGAAGUCAAAUGUCUAUAACUUGAAUUCUCAAUUAAUCACAGAAUAUACGGAUUGAGCAACUCAAAGAAAAUUGUGAUUUCGUCGUCUAAAUUCUUCCAACUAUAUUUUUAACUGUCAAUUGAAGGUGAUAAUGGCAAAUUAACGUACAAUUGUCAGCAGUUCUGUUAUUUUAAAUAUUUGGAAAUAGUAAAGUACCGGAGCUUCUUAAUUA